CAAUUAGAAUUAUUAACAACUAUAUUAUUAAAAUAUCAAAGAGAAAAUAAUGAAUAUUUAUUAGAUCCUGAACAAUUUCAACAAAUGAUUGAAUUAAAUAAACCAAAAUUAAAAGGAUUUUUUGAUGAAAUAAUUAAUGCUUUAAUUUCAAAAAAAAGACUUAUUGAAAAUAUAGAAAAAGCAAAAAAACAA